AGAUGAAAAUUCUAAUCCAUCAUCAUCCGUCGAAUCCUUAACUUUAGACAGCCCAUUUUUUCAAACUGAAAAUUCUAAACUCGAAAUCGAAGAACCUGAUGUUGGUAUCAGUGUAGAGUCUGAAUCUUUGGUUCGGGAAGAACCGUCGAAUAACGAAUAUUCGAUGGAUCCGAAAACCAUUGAGGAAUCACCGUCUUCAAAAGAACUUUCUUUUCCAGUUGACGUUGAAGAUGAUUCAUCUUCAAACAAAUUUUCGAAUAUUGAAAAGGAUAGUAUGCAUCAAGAAGAUAUUUUGAAUGAAGAUGAUAUUUACGAAGUUGCCGACAGUUCUGAUGGAGAGAUAGAUAGGCAAAUGGAAGAGGAGAAUUCGGAGUUUGCACGAUUUUUAUCCGAGUUGCAGCAGAAAGAUAUUAAUUCAAUACAAAAAGAGUUAAAUGAAGAGAUUGAUCAAUUGAACGAACAACAAAGGAAGGAAAAACGAGAUGCCGAUGGUAUUACCCAAUUGAUGGUUAACGAUUGCCAAAAACUUUUAGAAUUAUUCGGAAUUCCAUUCGUAAACGCACCAAUGGAGGCUGAGGCCCAAUGUGCCGAAUUGUUGCGACAGGGAUUGGUGGAUGGCAUUAUCACCGAUGAUAAGGAUUUUGAGUGUGAAUUGAAAUUGGACCGCGAGAAACUUAUCCGACUUGCAAUAUUACUUGGUAGUGAUUAUUCCGAGGGUUUACCUGGGGUGGGUGUCGUUAAUGCCAUGGAGAUUUUUAACGAAUUUCCUGAUGAAGAUGGAUUGGAGAAAUUCAGAGAUUGGUGGUUCGAUGUUCAAAGCGGAACACACACAACAGACGAUGCCGAGAAAGAAAGUGAAAACCCAAUAUCCGCAUCUCUAAAUCUGAAGAGAAAGAUUGAUGCCUCAAAUAGCUAUAAAAAUGAUGAUAAUAGCAGUGAGUCUCUCAGUGGUGAGGAAGGUGACCAAAGCUUGAAUGCUUCGGAUGCCUUAGGCUCCGCGUCGGAAGUUGAGAAAAUCGGCAAAACGAAAAGAAUGACGUACAGUGGAUCAAGGAAUAUUGGAAACAAAAAUAAAAGAAAAAAAUGA